UGGACUUAGCUUCUUGGAAACUGUUUUCUGGGAUUGUGGGCUUGAAGUUACCAUGACUUACGUCAAUGUGGCAAUGACUAGAGAUAUCUCAAAUGAGUCCAAGUCAGACUUGAUAUGAUCUCUCCUGGGACAUGCUCAAUCAAGGCAAGAUUAGAAAGGAUACAACAUAGUCCCCAAUAAGCACUCGACCGCAUGGAAGGCAUUGAAUAAGCUUCGUCCGGUCAUCGGAAGACAAGUCGGUCCAAAUCUCUGAACCAGAGCCAGAGCCCCCGGAAGAGAUCCAGCCGAAGAAGCAGUUCUCUGCGGGCAUUGCCAAACGCUUGAGUGGUCGUCCACCUUUGUCAGGGGCCAACUCGUCAAGGACAUCGCUCAUGGGUCAGACUAGCCUCGAGGCCCUGAGUGGCCAGGUUAGCAAUCCAUCUCCACGUCAGGGGCCGGAAGAUUCCGGGAGUUCUCAGCCGCAUCACCACCGACUUGAUCACAUGGGCGAGAGACUCAUAUCUCAGGUUGCUGAGUGGCUUGAGCAUGAGCGGACGAAGAAGCAACAGCGAAAAACACGGCGGGUGUAUUCUCAUAAGCGGAAAUCGCCGCCCGCUGAGCCGGAGAGGGAGCGUGGGAGGCCUGAGGAGCCGGGGGAGCCUUCUGCCGUCGAGCAACUUACCAGACACCACCGGAGGUAUUCAAUCGAUUCCCAGUCUAGCGACGUCUCCCUGGACCGGCUUCAGAGAAUCAUUGACGACAGUAUGAACGCUUUGGGGCUUAACUCGAUUCCUCAUUAUAGGCCGGGCAUGGGACGGAAGUCUCACAAGAAACGAGCCCACCACCUGCACAGAACGGCGUCGUCUGAUACGGAGUAUCACGAUGGAGACGUCCGUGUCCCCAGCUGUGAUGCAGUCCUGGAUAACUCCAAGACCAUGAGUUAUUCUGGUGGGAAAAGCGGAGAGGGCGCUGACGGGACAUCGGUUUCAAGCCGGAAAGUGGACAAGGAGCGAGAGGAUUGGAUCAAAUUCAAGAAUGACGUGCUUCGGAUAGCGCACACGCUAAGAAUCAAGGGAUGGAGACGUGUGCCUCUAGACACUGGGGACACAAUUGAUAUUGAGCGUUUGAGCGGUGCCUUGACGAACGCCGUAUACGUUGUCACCCCACCCCAGGAAUUGCUAAACAACACGGAAGGAGGCAAGAAGGCGCCGGCCAAGUUAUUGCUCAGGGUGUAUGGACCCCAAGUCGAGAACAUUAUCGACAGAGACAACGAACUAAACGUGCUUAAGCGCCUGUCGCGGAAGAAGAUUGGUCCUCGGAUGCUCGGCACCUUUGAAAAUGGUCGUUUCGAGCAGUUCUUCAACGCUAUUACCUUGACACCAGCACAUCUCCGCGAACCAGAGACUUCGAAGCAGAUUGCUAAACGUAUGAGGGAGUUGCAUGAUGGCAUUGAGCUGCUUGAAGAAGAGAAGGAUGGGGGUCCAGCUGUGUUCAAGAACUGGGAUCAUUGGCUUGACAACACUGCGAAAGUCGUCACAUAUUUGGAUAGGAAGGGCCGUUCCGGGGGGCUUGGGCCUAUUCGAGGUCCGGCCGAUGCUUGGAAGGAGCGAGGUCUCAUCUGCGGUGUAGAAUGGGCAAAGUUCGAGCAGGCACUCGACAAGUAUCGGAAGUACUUGGACGAUUACUAUGCCGGACACAAGAACCUCCGGGACCAGCUUGUCUUUGCCCACAACGACACCCAAUAUGGAAACAUUCUGCGUAUCCGACCUGACGACGAGAAAUCGCCGCUUAUGAGUCCCCAAAAUGAGCACAAGCAGCUUAUCGUCAUCGACUUCGAGUAUGCGGCUGCCAACAUGAGAGGUCACGAGUUUGCAAACCAUUUCACCGAAUGGACGUACAACUACCAUAAUGUCACUGCACCGUAUGCCUGCAACACUUCUAGAUACCCUACGCUGGAGGAACAACGCCGCUUCAUCAAGGCAUACGUAGAGCACCGGCCUCAAUUUCCCCACGCGGGCUCUACUCCGAACCUGACGCCCCACGACACCCCUCUUGGCACACCCGGACUUGGUGCCACCACGCCAGGCUCGAGCUCGAUCGUGGACUUCAUGCUGGACGCACGCAUUCCGCCGGGCGGGUACAAGGACGACGAGAAGCGGCGCGAAGAGCAGGUCGAGCAGCGCAUUAAGGAACUGCUCGAGGAAACGCGGCUGUGGCGCACCGCCAACAGCGCUCAGUGGGUUGCUUGGGGCAUCAUGCAGGCUAAAGUGCCGGGGCUGGAGCAGAAAGACGGGCCGCCUGAGGAUGCCGAGGCCAAGGGGUCACAGCCGGCUGCUAUCGUGUCGCCUGAGGAGCAGCCGGGCGGUGCGGAUGAGUUUGAUUACCUGGCUUAUGCUCACGAGCGGGCGCUGUUAUUUUGGGGCGACUGUGUUAAGAUGGGGGUGGUGAAGAUGGAGGAGUUGCCGGAGGAGUUGAGAGGCAAGAUUAAGCUGAUCGAGUAUUAGAGGGUAGGCGCCUGGAUGGAUGGAUACCAGGUUGGGGGUCGUGGGAAGGAUGUGCAGCGGUAUAUGCAGUUAUUCACUCGCCAGUUUGUAAUAUGAACUACUAACUGGAAGGCGACUUUGGUACACGCAGCAGGUACUCGCCUUGGCUUGAUGAGAGAGCU